AUGGUCGCCGAUCAACUCGCUCCCAGAGCCGCAUGGCUACCUGCGGGAGCUGUCUUCGCCAUGUGGACCAUGAUGUUGCUUGCAUCACCAUCGGCCGCCUUCGAACUACCGCCGUUCCUCAAGUCGGCCAUCACAACACAAAACGUCAACAACCUCAAUCGGCCUACGGGAGCCACUGCCUAUCAGACGAACCAGCCUUACGAUGGUCUCGAAUUCCCACUUGUGGGUCGCUUUGUCUUUCGACCUGCGCUUUUCUGGAUCGAAGGAGGUGUGCUUGGGUUUUGCUUGCUCUUCGUACUAAUCCACCUUGUAGGCAAGACGCACAACCGUCAGAUGGCCAGCAGGUUUGCUUCUGCUGCUCUCCCCACGCUCGAGCAAGAGUUCGCAGUGGUUGCCAACGAUGAUGGAAAGAGUCAUUUGCUCUGGAACGGCGGCAACUCAGCGUUGAUGUUUGCCUCAGGUCGAAGGGGCUGUGCCAGCGUUCACGUCGUUUUUGACUUUAUCCCAAGACACGAUCCAAUGGAGAUCUUGUUCGCUUUCGUCAAGGAUGUUGUGAUGGCGACAACCACCUCAUCGUUCCGCGACACCGUCACUAUUACUUUCACCCUGCCUCCUACAUCCGACAAUGUCUCGGGUGUCUUUGCUCUCGUCAACAAAGGCGCAUUGCAACACACUCGCAAAGGGCGAUUUGACCUUUCUUUCGCCAAGGUCAUCGACUCGGACACUGCAGUCACGUCGCGAGGAUUAUCGAAGCAGUGGGCCAUCAUGAGUGAGGCUUCUGAACUCACUGAUGGCUUCCUCGGCGAACCGGACCAGAAGGGCGUUGCACAGCGCGCCAAGCUUGGCCUCGUCGAUCUGCUCGAUGGUCAAGCUGGAAAAUUCCUCGACAGCCUUGUUCUCACCGACCAGCCUUUCGAACGACCCACCAAAGGCCCCAUCCCAGCUGAGAAGCGUCAACGCCUGCUGAUUCUCACGUUGCGAGCUCCCAAGUCAACUAGCGACGUCCAUAAGGCACUCGAGCUACUUCAGUUGGGCUGCAACGUGGUCGACGCCCUCGACCAGAGCAUCAUCAAGUUGCGCAACGAAACUUUGGCCAAGCUGCGCAAGACCCGUGCGCAGGUUGACAAGGAAUUGCUGGAGGAAGCCACCAAGGAGCAGCGCGAGGCAGAGCAGGAGGCUAAAGAGGAGGCAAAGCGCAAAGCUGAAAAGGCCAAAUUCGAUAAGCUCAGCCCUGCAGAACAAGCCAAGCGCAAGGAGGUCGAGAGGAAGCGUGCUAUGAAGAAGGGUGCACAGAAGAUCCGAUGA